AUGGAUAAGCGGAAUUCGGAACCUCCACAGACCACAAAAACCGUUAUCAAGAUAAGGAGCUUUAGUGUUUCCAUUCACCAGCUAUUCUCAUUGUUGAGCGAAUUUACGCACAAUACUGAAAAGACGGAGCCUUUGCCAAAACAGAUAAUAGGCUUGCGGGCUGACGAAACAAUACAGAAGUUGCCCAGUAAAUUUCAAGCCUCUCUGAAGCUACCUGACAGGAAAGUCCUAACUGGCGGAUCAGUCGAUCAUCAUAACCAGAACAGUUACCGGGCCAUUUUUCGAUGGGUCGGGCAUACCAAUCACAUCGCUCAAGCGUGA